AUGCCAGCCAGCUGGGAAGCAGCCUCUGAGGAAGAGAAGCAUGUCUUCACAGGCAGAAGUGCAUCCCAAAUGGAAUUGACACAAGCCACAAAGACAUCCGUUUUCUUUGUAGCACAGGAAGAUAGGUGUGGGAGCUCGGGUCUGGGAGAGUUGGCCAUGCAGUGCCAGGCAGGUAAGAACUGGUCAUCAACCAGGUGCCCAGGACUUGUGUGGAAAGGAUGGCCAGCAGUCAGAGAGGAAGUAGAAAAGCAAACUUCUCUUCCUGGCAAUUGCCUUUUGGGCUACGCUUCAUCAAGACCUGGUUACGGCGGAGGCCAAGGAGCCCCUAGUGAGGCCCACAACAGUCUCUCCUCUUCCCAGAGCUGCCCCAAUCAGCAGCAGCUCCUGACAACCAUCCGCCAGCUGCAGGUGCUGCUCAAGGGCCAGGAGACCCGCUUCGCGGAAGGCAUCCGGAACAUGAAGAGUCGGCUGACCACGCUGCAAAAUAUUCUGAACAAAAUGGCCCCAGGCGCACCUCCAGUUUCCUGCCCUGCUCUGGAUGCCCCCGCUGAUGGCAGGAAGUUUGGAAGCAAGUACUUAGUGGAUCAUGAAGUCCAUUUUACCUGCAACCCUGGGUUCCAGCUGGUUGGUCCCAGCAGCAUAGUGUGUCUUGCUAAUGGCACCUGGACUGGAGAAAAGCCGCACUGCAGAGCCGCCAGUGAGUGCUCUAGCCAGCCUUGUCACAAUGGGGGCACGUGUGUGGAAGGAGCCAACCAGUACAGAUGCAUCUGUCCUGCAGGGAGAACUGGCAAUCUCUGUCAGAAUCAGACCCAGCCUGAUGUGAACGAGUGUGAGAUCUAUGGGCAGAUGGGAAGCCCCCGGCUCUGCUUGUAUACCUGCGUGAACACCCCUGGCUCCUUCCGCUGUACCUGCCCCAGCGGAUACCGGGCCCUGGCUGAUGGCAAGACCUGUGAGGAUGUUGAUGAGUGUGCGGGCUCACAGCACACGUGCCCGCAAGGGACCACAUGCUUCAACACUGGAGGAAGUUUCCAGUGUGUCAGACCCGAGUGCCCUGAGGUCAGCGGCAACAUAAGCUACGUGAAGACGUCUCUCUUCCAGUGCGAGCGAAGCCCCUGUCCCAUGGAUAACAAGCCAUGUCGCCACCUGCCCAAGACCAUCACCUUCCACUACCUCUCUCUACCCUCCAACCUGAAGACGCCCGCCACGCUCUUCCGCAUGGCCACAGCCUCAGUUCCUGGCCAGACGGGGCCCAACAGCCUGCGCUUUGGAAUUGUGGGUGGGAACAGCCGUGGCCACUUCAUAAUGCAGCGCUCAGACCGGCAGACAGGGGAGCUCAUCCUUAUACAGAAACUGAAAGGGCCUCAGACUGUGCAGGUGGACGUUGACAUGUCAGAAUACCUGGACCGCUCCUACCAGGCCAGCCACACUUCCAAAAUCACCAUCUUUGUGUCUCCCUAUGAAUUCUAA